CUAUGAAUCACGUGACCCCGUCAUUGAGGCAGGCGGAAAUGAAAGUUAACCAGCAAGCGGUACCAGAGGACCACAGCUGAAAAAGGUAUUUAUGAGAAAAUAAACGAAAUACAUUGCCAGCAAUGUCAAGUAAAAUAGUGUUGUAGAAAACAUAUCUUAAAUAGUACGCAUUUAUCUAACUACGUUUACGAGAAAAUGUGGCUGUCAUGUCCUUAUGCCUACACAAAGCUGUUGGCUAGCAUUAAAAUAGCUCACCAUCUUCCGUGUUUUGUUUUUGUGCGCAGGGUAUUUAAAUAAGGAGGCAAUGAGCCAAUUUGAGGUUUUGAUGUGUACAGUUAAUCGAUGUAAAUUGAGCUAGUAGUUAGCAGCAAAUGCGAUGUCUCACCCUGUGCAUCUUACACGCAGUAAAUGUUGAGUAAAUGUUUGUUGGGAUGACACCAAAGAUGGUGGAUAAAUGAGGAUAGUUCACACCGUUCGUUUACCAUUGAAAAAAUUGUCAGUGUUCCUGUCUACUUAAGGGGGUGGCCCUCCCAUAGACACCAAUGCGAUAACAGCUGUGUCUGGUCUACGUAGUUCAUUGUAAUGACUGUAGGAUAAUUGACUUCCAUUGAAACAGAACAAAUGAGGGAGUGGGAUGUCUCGCAUCCUCUUCCGUCUCUGAUAACACUGCUUAGCUAGCUUGCUAACGAUAGCUAGCUACAGGCUAAUCAUUAACCAUCGUUUAGCUAGCUAAUGUUCUUUCACCAUCAUCAGUGGUUAAAGGUGCAAUAUGCAGAAAUCGCUCAGCCUUUCCUGGUUGCUGAAAUUCAAAUAGUUCGCCUAAUUUCAGUUAUGUGACAAACCAAGCAGUGUAGAGAAUCAUUGUACCAUCUAAAUCAUUGUAAAAUAUAUUCUCAAUAACCAAAAAAAUUGCGGGUGUACAAAACCUAAAGUAAAAGAAGCAAAAACGAAAUUUAAGAACGGCAAGCAUAGAAAUAGCCACAUAGAACAGAUCUACCGCUUCUUAGACUUGCUUUCAAUGAGAAUGACAUAUCUAUAACUAUGUGAGUUUGGUCAGGCCGCCCAAAAAGUGACAUGUUGCAGCUUUAAAUUGCAGGGUGAUUCACAAGGACUUGGCAACGAUCCAAGUUAUUGGCUAAGAGAUAUCAAACCUUAUCAGACUAGCCCUGCACUUAUGUAUGUGAUAGCUAACUAGUUAACGGUUAGCCAGCAGAUCUGACCUGCUUGCUUACAGCUGCACUAGGGUCAGACAGGCUUCCUGUGUAAAAAAAAAAAAAUUGGUCAUUUAGCAGACGCUCUUAUCCAGAGCGACUUACAGGAGCAAUUAGGGUUAAGUGCCUUGCUCAAGGGCACAUCGACAGGUUUUUCACCUAGUCGGCUCCGGGAUUAGAACCAGCGACCUUUCGGUUACUGGCACAACGCUCUUAACCACUAAGCUACCUGCCGCCCCAGUGUAGAUUAAGACACAGCAUAGCUGGCAUGAGAUAUGUCUUGGAAAACAUACCUCAAUCCAGGGAGGAGAAAUGCAUUGUACUCCGAUUAUGUCCCAUAAUCCCAAUUUUUACACCGGCUCCGUGGUGUCUUAAUCUACACAGGAAGUCUGUCCCUAGUGCAGCUGUAAGCAAGUGGAUCGGAUCUGCUGGCUUGUUAACAGUUUUGUUAGCUAGCUACAGUCAUUUUUUGGGGGUAACAUUUAUGCUGGACCGAAGAUGUCUAUUGUAGGACGUGAUAACACCCAGAUAUGACUUGAAAGUCGAAACUAUUCAAGCUAUUAAUGUCUCCUAUGACUAUUUCAUAGAGCAGGGGUUCCCAAACUUUUUCACUCAGGCCCCCCUUCCAGAAUUGGGGAACAUCCCGUGCCCCACGUGCGCCCCACGUUUAUUUCUAUGGGCACAAGCACUGUUCGUGACACAAACUGUUCACACCCCUCUUGUUGGCUGAGAGAAAAUGUUGCAGGUUUAAAGCUUAUUUCCUGCAAUUCUGCACAUUUUGUCAUGGGGUGCAGAGAAAAUGUUGCUGUUUUAAAGAGAAUUUUCUUGCAAUUCUAUAAAUUUGCCAUGUAUUCAUGUGAUACUUGAGUGACUCGAACAUUACUACAAAAUCUAUGGGCUAAAAAACCUAGCUGACAUGGGCUAGUUGAUCUGGGUAUUUCUGACAAGUUCUAAAUAUCUCUCUAAAGUAUGCAAUGACUGACAUAAUAAGGGAAACUGAUGACGCACUACCCAAUUUCGAAAUUGCACUGUGUGCAUUUUACUAUUACAACUUUCAAGAAAGCCAGACUGAUAAGUGUUCAAUUGGUUGAGAGCUGGUGACUGAGACGGCCAUGGCAUAUGGUUUACAUCUUUUUCAUGCUCAUCAAACCAUUCAGUGACCACUCGUGCCCUGUGGAUGAAAGCAUUGUCAUCCUAUGGGGACAUAGCCAUGGUAGUAAACAUUGUUUUUUAUACAUAAACCUAACCAUGUUAAUUGCUUAAUUAACUCAGGAACCACACCUGUGUGAAAGCACCUGCUUUCAAUAUCCCUCAUUUACUCAAGUGUUUCCAUUAUUUUGGUAGUUACCUGUAGCUAUUGUAUGAUCAUUUGGCUGUAGUGUAGAUGGCAUUGGUGAGUGGCAUUGGCAUGAUAUUGCUGGCCAAGUCAUGUCUGUUGUAAGGAUUCAUGAGAUUUGCUAUUUUACUAAAUGUAUGUACAGUGCUUUCGGAAAGUAUUCAGACCCCUUGACUUUUUCCACAUUUUGUUACGUUACAGCCUUAUUCAAAAAUAUAUUAAAUUGUUAUUUUUCCUCAUCAAUCUACACACUACCCCAUAAUGACAAAGCAAAAACAGUUUUUUUAGAAAUGUUUGCAAAUUUCUUAAAAAUAAAAACGGAAAUAUCACAUUUACAUAAGUAUUCAGACCCUUUAUUCAGUACUUUUUUGAAGCACCUUUGGCAGCGAUUACAGCCUCGAGUCUUCUUGGGUAUGACGCUACAAGCUAGGCACACCUGUAUUUGGGGAGUUUCUCCCAUUCUUCUCUGCAGAUCCUCUCAAGCUCUGUCAGGUUGGAUGGGGAGCGUCGCUGCACACCUAUUUUCAGGUCUCUCCAGAGAUGUUCGAUCGGGAUACAAGUCCAGGCUCUGGCUGGGCCACUCAAGGACUUUCAGAGACUUAUCCAGAAGCCACUCCUGCAUUUUCUUGGCUGUGUGCUUAGGGUCCUGAACUUUCGCCCCAGUCUGAGGUCCUGAGCGCUCUGGAGCAGGUUUUCAUCAAGGAUCUCUCUGUACUUUGCGCCGUUCAUCUGUCCCUCGAUCCUGACUAGUCUCCCAGUCCCUGCUGCUGAAAAACAUCCCCACAGCAUGAUGCUGCCACCACCAUGCUUCACCGGUUUCCUCCAGACAUGACGCUCGGCAUUUAAGCCAAAGAGUUCAAUAUUGGUUUCAUCAGACCAGACAAUCUUGUUUCUCAUGGUCUGCGAGUCCUUUAGAUGCCUUUUGGCAAACUCCAAGCGGGCUGUCAUGAGCCUUUUACUGAGGAGUGGCUUCCGACUGGCCACUACCAUAAAGGCCUGAUUGGUGGAGUGCUGCAGAGAUGGUUGUCCUUCUGGAAGGUUCUCCCAUCUCCACAGAGGAACUGUGGAGCUCGGUCUCCCGAUUGCUCAGUUUGGCCGGGUGGCCAGCUCUAGGAAGAGUCUUAGUGGUUCCAAACUUCUUCCAUUUCAGAAUGGUUGAGGCCACUGUGUUCUUGGAGACGUUCAAUGCUGCAGACAUUUUUUGGUACCCUUCCCCAGAUCUAUGCCUCGACACAAUCCUGUCUCGGAGCUCUACAGAUAAUUCCUUCGACCUCAUGGCUUGGUUUUUGCUCUGACAUGCACUGUCAACUAUGGGACCUUAUAUAGACAGGUGUGUGCCUUUCCAAAUCAUCUCCAAUCAAUAGAAUUUACCACAGGUGGACUCCAAUUAAGUUGUAGAAACAUCUCAAGGAUGAUAGAUGGAAACAGGAUGCACCUGAGCUCAAUUUUGAGUCUCAUAGCAACGGUUCUGAAUACUUAUGUAAGUAAGUUAUUUCAGUUUUUUAUUUGUAAUACAUUUGCUAAAAAAAAUAACCUGUUUUCGCUUUGUCAUUAUGGGGUAUUGUGUGUAGAUUGAUGAGGAUUUUGUUUAAUUUAAUCCAUUUCAGAAUAAGGCUGUAAUGUAACAAAAAGUGGGAAAAGUCAAGGGGUCUGAAUACUUUCCCGAAUGCACUGUAUGUUGUUGUCCACAGUGUGUGUUGGAAAGGAGGUUACACAGGGGAAAUAGAUAGCUAGCAAUUUUUUUGUAUUGCAGUGUGUGAUUUACUUCACAGUUUGCUGUGUCAUGUCAGUUAUGUGUGUUCUCUAAUUGUGCCUGUGUGUUUCUCAAGGCUGUGAUGUCAUGGCAUCAGCCAGUGUGACAAGACCUGGCAAUGUCCAUACCACAGGGAAAUCACAGUUGACCUUGAAAGGUAAUAAGCAACUUUUAAUUCCUCUCAUCUAUCACGUCCUCUUGUAACGUCCUCUAAUACUCAUCCUCCUCUUCCCUGUGUCUGUGUCAAUUUCUCUUAGACUCAUGACAACCUGAACCAUCCCAAGCUAUUAUUGUCCCACUUUCAUCUUUCAGCCUCCAUUGUUAUUCCACUUUUCCAUUUGUUCUCCCUGCACUUUAUUACUCUAUUUCCUCUCUCUCUUUUCCUCAGUUAAUAUUUCAUGCACUACUACGCUGUCACCCAUCACUCGCUCCCCCGCUCGUAUAAAAUCAGAUGAAACAGGUUUAAUUCACCUCGACAGUUUUAAAUAAUUGUAAUAUUUCAGGUCUAUCCUCCCUAUUGAUAAGAUUCAGCAGUAUCCUAACAGUUAUUCUGCCCAUGUUUUCCUUAGCGGAUAUUUAAUUAAGUUCAAUGUUCAUUCUGACAUGGAUAGCCCAUGUAGCCUGAACGUUUUGACAUUUUGCUGGCAAAGUGAGCAUCACAGUAAUAUGGAACAAACAACACAUUUCUGAACAGAAGGACACUGUGCCUAAACUACCACCCUGUUUGCCUGUUUCAGCUAGAGGGCAGCAUUUGCAUUUUAGUGUUUGCUUGUCAUACAGUUAAAAAUCCAGAGUUGCUGUAAUAAGGAUUUGUAUUACAAACUGUAGGUUAGUGAAUGGCUGGGGUUGGUGUACAACAGUAGUCUUUAUUAUGUUCAACAAUUGUUUAUAUGUUUUCUUCACCCAGUGGUCUCAGCAAAGCCUCAGUCACCCAAGCUGCCCACCCGCUCCAGACUCAGCUCUUUUGUGGAGGUGACUGCAGAUGGCCUGACUAGUGAAACCAAGAAAACGGGCAAACGCACUGGACACCUUGAGCUACAGUGGAACGAGGACCUGACCCUGUGAGCCCCCCCCCUUAUCUCAACCUCACUCUGUUCUAGAUGCUUGUAUGUUGUUUAGAGUGUGUGUGUAAUGUAGGCCUAUUUGACUGUGUAUCUGAUUUUGACUUGUGUGUUGUAUAGGAAUGUGACGCCUCAGAGCCGGUUAGAUCUUAAGUUGUGGAGCUGCCACACCUUGAGGAAGGAGUUGCUGGGGAGUGCCUCCAUUGACCUGCUAGACACUCUGCGUACACAUGAUGGCAAGAGUAAGACAAUAAAAGUUAAUUUUUAGAUAAGUCAUUGUCCAUGGAUAGUUGGCAGGACACCCAGUCAUGCUUCUAUUUUAUUCUAUCUAGUUUAAAAUAUUUAGGGUUACCCUCUACCGAACUGCAAGAUCAAGUUUACAAUUGUGAACAUGUAAGAAGAAGAGAAAGAACUUUGGUUUUCUAUAUGCAGUUGAUAGACCACUGCUCUUCAAUAACCUAUCUCUUAUCAUCUAUCUUACUUUUCCCAAAUCCUUCAUUUUCUUUUUCUUUCGUUUUCCCUCUCUCCAUCCCACACUUCCCCCUUUCCCUCCAGUGGAGAAUCUGCAGCUCAGUCUGGUCUUGCAGACAGAGAACAAAGGCUCACUUGUAGCAGGAGGCGAGCUGAACGUCUGUCUGGAUGGCCUGGUUGUUGAUCUGGGAUCUUUGCCCAAUGGCAGCACAGCAACAGACAGUGAGUCCCGCCUUGCAACACACGCACAGAUUAACACUUACAAAAGAGUACACACUAUUUUUUUAUGCUAACAAAAUCUUCCCACACGCUUUCUGUCUUUCUCGCAUUCUGUCUCUUGCUCGCUGGUAUAUAUUCACACACAUUACAGUUAGUGACGUGUGUGAGGACUUAUGCUUUUCAGACUCCACCCAAGCAAGUAGUGUGGGGCUCAUUUGGAAAAAGCCAAAGAGUGUACUUUGUGAUGUUGUGGUGGAGUCUUUAAUGUGAUGGAAUAGGAGUAUUUUGAGCCAUCAUGUUACUAGUGUGCAAGUUUGCACACAGUCUUUCACAUGUUGAGACAAAGACCAAGGAGUUUUAUGUGGCUAUUUGACAAUUACCGCUUUCCAAAUUUGCAUGUAGGCCUAGUUGAUACUAUUGCUAAAUGUCCACUAUUUUGGUAUUUGGUAUUUUAUUAGGAUUCCCAUUAGCUGUUGCAAAAGCAACAGCUACUCUUCCUGGGGUCCACAUGAAACAUGACAUAAUACAGAACAUUAAUAGACAAGAACAGCUGAAGGACAGAACUACAUACAUAAAAAAUAAAAAAGGCACAUGUAGCCUAUAUAUCGAUACAUACACACAAACUAUCUAGGUCAAAUAGGGGAGAGGCGUUGUGCCGUGACGUGUUGCUUUAUCUGUUUUUUGAAACCAGGUUUGCUGUUUAUUUGAGAUGUACCGGAGUUCCAUGCAAUAAUGGCUCUAUAUAAUACUGUACGCUUUCUUGAAUUUGUUCUGGAUUUGGGGACUGUGAAAAGACCCCUGGUGGCUUGUCUGGUGGGGUAAGUGUGUGUGUCAGAGAUGUGUGUAACUUGACUAUGCAAACAAUUUGGGAUUUUCAUUAAUGUUUCUUAUAAAAAUAAGAAGUGAUGCAGUCAGUCUCUCCUCAACUCUUAGCCAAGAGAGACUGGCAAGCAUAGUAUUUAUAUCAGACCUCUGAUUACAAUGAAGAGCAAGACGUGCCGCUCUGUUUUGGGCCAGCUGCAGCUUAACUAGGUCUUUCCUUGUAGCACUGGACCACACGACUGGACAAUAAUCAAGAUUAGACAAAACUAGAGCAUGCAGAACUUGCUUUUUGGAGUGUGGUGUCAAAAAAGCAGAGUGUCUCUUUAUUACGGACAGACCUCUCCCCAUCUUUACAACCAUUGAAUCUAUAUAACUUGUGGACACAGAAACAUAAUUCGAUGUUAACUUUUUAGUCUCAUCGUGACGCCGGCGCGUUUUGGACUUCUAACCCCUUUAAAACAUUGUGUUUGAGCUACAGACUUCUGGGUUGUACUAUUGGAUUCGUCUAGACCAACAAUUAGUCUGUGUGAUUAAUGGGGGCUGAGCUAGAGCGGUGUUUGUGAGACAAGGGCAGAUCCCGAAGGGGCCCGGCCAGAUCUUUUUACAAAAGCAUCUGUAGAGUCCGAAUGGUUUCAGCUACAAACUAUUAAAAGAUAUCUAAAAGCUGAGACUCUCACGAACACACACAUAACAUGUUUUGCUCUAAAGCUACACAAGAGUCCUUAGAAGGUAAGGGGUUCUUCUACAUAGAAUAUCAUAGGAAAUCCCAAUACAUAGUGUCUAUAAUACUGUAAUAAGCUCACAUAGUUGGUGUCACAAACGCCACACAGUUGUCUCUGACUAGUUGGAUAUUCAUUUCCCACUGAGCAAACAAUAUCUGUAUUUUCAGCAUUCAUAUAAAUUCAUUUUUAUCGCGUUUUUGCUUUGUCUGACCUUAUUUUUCUUAUUGCAACUGUUUAUGUGAAAUUAUUUUGUUUAUACUUGUAGCCCUGGUUGUCCUGAAAAGAAAAUGGUUAAACACUUAAUUGUGAGGCUAAAUGUAAGGGCUGCACAUGCAGAUGAAUGAAAGUCCGAUUUUGAAACGCAGAUUUUUGCUGUGGUUUCGGAACUGAUAGGGUUAACGACAGUGAUAUGUAUUUUGUGUUGUCAAUACUUUACUGCACGUAUACAAACAAGUGGUGAAAAAGCCAAUCCAAACAGUUCAACAGCAUCUUCAGUUUACAAACAGCAAACAAAUAUACUUUUGUGAGACAAAGAUUGGACUUUCCUCUUGAGUUUAUGUUAAACGUGGUGUUUUUAAUGAAUAACAACCCAUUAAACUGACUUAUAGGGGUGGCUUGAGUUUCUCAGUUCUUGCAUCGCUCAUCUGUGUAUGAAAUAACACACAAGCCUUUUCAUUCCGAAUCACAGAGCCAGAGUGUUUCCUAGUGAAUGAACACAGCAGAAGUCAGGGUUGGGUUUCUGAGCAUAUGGUUCAUAAAUGUGUAUCUUUGUGUGUGUUUAUAUAUAUGUGUGUAUAUAUACAUACAUACAGUGAGGGAAAAAAGUAUUUGAUCCCCUGCUGAUUUUGUACAUUUGCCCACUGACAAAUACAUGAUCAGUCUAUAGACCCACUCUUUGCAGAUCUUCUCCAAAUCAUUAAGGUUUCGAGGCUGACGUUUGGCAACUCGAACCUUCAGCUCCCUCCACAGAUGUUCUAUGGGAUUAAGGUCUGGAGACUGGCUAGGCCACUCCAGGACCUUAAUGUGCUUCUUCUUGAGCCACUCCUUUGUUGCCUUGGCCGUGUGUUUUGGGUCAUUGUCAUGCUGGAAUACCCAUCCACGACCCAUUUUCAAUGCCCUGGCUGAGGGAAGGAGGUUCUCACCCAAGAUUUGACGGUACAUGGCCCCGUCCAUCGUCCCUUUGAUGCGGUGAAGUUGUCCUGUCCCCUUAGCAGAAAAACACCCCCAAAGCAUAAUGUUUCCACCUCCAUGUUUGACGGUGGGGAUGGUGUUCUUGGGGUCAUAGGCAGCAUUCCUCCUCCUCCAAACACGUUGAGUUGAUGCCAAAGAGCUCGAUUUUGGUCUCAUCUGACCACAACACUUUCACCCAGUUCUACUCUGAAUCAUUCAGAUGUUCAUUGGCAAACUUCAGAUGGGCCUGUAUUUGUGCUUUCUUGAGCAUUAGGACCUUGCGGGCGCUGCAGGAUUUCAGUCCUUCACGGCGUAGUGUGUUACCAAUUGUUUUCUUGGUGACUAUGGUCCCAGCUGCCUUGAGAUCAUUGACAAGAUCCUCCCGUGUAGUUCUGGGCUGAUUCCUCACCGUUCUCAUGAUCAUUGCAACUCCACGAGGUGAGAUCUUGCAUGGAGCCCCAGGCCGAGGGAGAUUGACAGUCCUUUUUGUGUUUCUUCCAUUUGCGAAUAAUCGCACCAACUGUUGUCACCUUCUCACCAAGCUGCUUGGCGAUGGUCUUGUAGCCCAUUCCAGCCUUGUGUAGGUCUACAAUCUUGUCCCUGACAUCCUUGGAGAGCUCUUUGGUCUUGGCCAUGGUGGAGAGUUUGGAAUCUGAUUGAUUGAUUGCUUCUGUGGACAGGUGUCUUUUAUACAGGUAACAAGCUGAGAUUAGGAGCACUCCCUUUAAGAAUGUGCUCCUAAUCUCAGCUCGUUACCUGUAUAAAAGACACCUGGGAGCCAGAAAUCUUUCUGAUUGAGAGGGGGUCAAAUACUUAUUUCCCUCAUUUUAAAAUGAAAAUCAAUUUAUAACAUUUUUGACAUGUGUUUUUCUGGAUUUCUUUGUUGUUAUUCUGUCUCUCACUGUUCAAAUAAACCUACCAUUAAAAUUAUAGACUGAUCAUUUCUUUGUCAGUGGGCAAACGUAUAAAAUCAGCAGGGGAUCAAAUACCUUUUUCCCUCACUGUAUAGAUUUGUGUGUGUGUGUGUGUGUGUGUUUAUGCGUGUGCGUGAAGGUUAAUAUUGUUCUUAAAUCGAUUAAUAGGCUUUACAACCCCUGUUCCAUUCAGAUCUGUUAUUUUGGUGUUCCCCAAGCACUCUUUCAAACCUGCACACCGUCAUCACGCAUACCCAUGCACACUCGUGCACACACUUGGGAGUGCUUAUGUGGAAUUUGUUUCUCAAAAUUGCAUAAUUGACUCUCGUUUCUGUGAGUUGUGCAGGACAAUCGGCUCCUGUGAUCCGGGGGGGUUUCCUCUCUGCCUGGCUGGGUAGGGGCUCACUGUGAGACAGGGGGAAGGAUGGGGGAGGGGGAGAAGUGUAUUAAGGGAAUGAAUAUGUGCUUUCUGAGGUCUUAGUCUGUGUGUGUGUUGCGGGGGGAGUGUUAGUGAAUAGAGGUCUGGAGUGUGUGCUCUCUGGCAGGGGGGUGUAUAAAGUUUCAAGUGUGCGCAAUGUUGCAGGGGGAAGGUGUGUUAAGGCCCUCUGUGUUCUCUCUGAAGGCAGCUCUGUUAGUUUAGUGUUUUUCCUCAUUUCCCCUGGCAGUUUUUCUGACACGCUGACACACACUGCUACCAUAAACCGACCUUUGUGCUGCAGCCAGUGAAAAACACAUCCAGACCAGACAGAGCUCACCUUUACGUAUAUACAGGCCUAAACGGACAAACACAUGCACUCUUAUACAUGCAUGCACAUCAUAUAAAAUCAACAGAGUAUAUACACUACCAGUCAAAAGUGUUAGAACACCUACUCAUUCAAGGGUUUUUCUUUAUUUUUUACUAUUUUCUACAUUGUAGAAUAAUAGUGAAGACAUCAACACUAUGAAAUAACAUGGAAUCAUGUAGUAACCAAAAAAGUGUUAAACAAAUCAAAAUAUAUUUUAUAUUCUUCAAAUAGCCACCCUUUGCCUUGAUGACAGCUUUGCACACUCUUGGCAUUCUCUCAACCAGCUUCAUGAGGUAGUCACCUGGAAUGCAUUUCAAUUAACAGGUGUGCCUUGUUAAAAGUUAAUUUGUGGAAUUUCUUUCCUUCUUAAUGCGUUUGAGCCAAUCAGUUGUGUUGUGACAAGGUGGGGGGGGGGGGGGGGGGGGGGGUAUACAGAAGAUAGCCCUAUUUGGUAAAAGACCAAGUCCAUAUUAUGGCAAGAACAGCUCAAAUAAGCAAAGAGAAACAACAGUCCAUCAUUACCUUAAGACAUGAAGGUCAGUCAAUAUGGAAAAUUUCAAUAACUUUUAAAGUUUCUGCAAGUGCAGUCGCAAAGAAACCACUACUAAAGGAGUGGGGGGGUGCUUUGCUGGUGACACUCUCUGAUUUAUUUAGAAUUCAAGGCACACUUAACCAGCAUGGCUACCACAGCAUUCUGCAGUGAUAUGCCAUCCCAUCUGGUUUGGGCUUAGUGGGACUAUCAUUUGUUUUUCAACAGGACAAUGACCCAACACACCUCCAGGCUGUGUAAGGGCUAUUUGACCAAGAAGGAGAGUGAUGGAGUGCUGCAUCAGAUGACUGGGCCUCCACAAUCCCCCGACCUCAACCCAAUUGAGAUGGUUUGGGAUGAGUUGGACCGCAGAGUGAAGGAAAAGCAGCCAACAAGUGCUCAGCACAUGUGGGAACUCCUUCAAGACUGUUGGAAAAGCAUUCCAGGCGAAGCUGGUUGAGAGAAUGCCAGGAGUGUGCAAAGCUGUCAUCAAGGCAAAGGGUGGCUAUUUGAAGAAUCUCAAAUAAAACAUAUUUUGAUUUGUUUAACACUUUUUUGGUUACUACAUGAAUCCAUAUGUGUUAUUUCGUAGUUUUGAUGUAUUCACUAUUAUUCUACAAUGUAGAAAAUAGUAAACAUAAAGAAAACCCCUUGAAUGAGUAGGUGUGUCCAAACUUUUGACUGGGACUGUAUAUGAAUUCAGCAAAAAAAGAAACGUCCCCUUUUCAGGACCGUCUUUCAAAGAUAAUUCUUAAAAAUCCAAUUAACUUCACAGAUCUUCAUUGUGAAGGGUUUAAAUACUGUUUCCCAUGCUUGUUCAAUGAACCAUAAACAAUUAAUGAACAUGCACCUGUGGAACGGUCGUUAAGAGACUAACAGCUUACAGAUGGUAGGCAUUUAAGGUCACAGUUAUGAAAACUUAGGACACUAAAGAGGCCUUUCUACUGACUCUGGAAAACACCAAAAGAAAGAUGCCCAGUGUCCCUGCUCAUCUGUGUGAACGUGCCUUAGGCAUGCUGCAAGGAGGCAUGAGGACUGCAGAUGUGGCCAGAGCAAUAAAUUGCAAUGUCGGUACUGUGAGACGCCUAAGACAGCGCUACAGGGAGACAGGACGGACAGCUGAUCGUCCUCGCAGUGACAGACCACACGUAACAACACCUGCACAGGAUCGGUAGAUCCGAGCAUCACACCUGCAGGACAGGUACAGGAUGGCAACAACAACAGCCCGAGUUACACCAGGAAUGCACAAUCCCUCCAUCAGUGCUCAGACUGUCCGCAAUAGGCUGAGAGAGGCUGGACUGAGGGCUUGUAGGCCUGUUGUAAGGCAGGCCCUCACCAGAAAUCACUGGCAACAACGUCGCCUAUGGGCACAAACCCACCGUUGCUGGACCAGACAGGACUGGCAAAAAGUGCUCUUCACUGACGAGUCGUGGUUUUGUCUCACCAGGGGUGAUGGUCGGAUUCACGUUUAUCGAUUUGGAGGUGGAGGGUCCGUCAUGGUCUGGGGCGGUGUGUCACAGCAUCAUCGGACUGAGCUUGUUGUCAUUGCAGGCAAUGUCAACGCUAUGCUUUACAGGGAAGACCUCCUCCUCCUCCCUCAUGUGGUACCCUUCCUGCAGGCUCAUCCUGACAUGACCCUCCAGCAUGACAAUGCCACCAGCCAUUAUGCUCGUUCUGUGCGUGAUUUCCUGCAAAACAGUAAUGUCAGUGUUCUGCCAUGGCCAGCGAAGAGCCCGGAUCUCAAUCCCAUUGAGCACGUCUGGGAGCUGUUGGAUCGGAGGGUGAGGGCUAGGGCCAUUCCUCCCAGAAAUGUCCGGGAACUUGCAGGUGCCUUGGUGGAAGAAUGGGGUAACAUCUCACAGCAAGAACUGGCAAAUCUGGUGCAGUCCAUGAGGAAGAGAUGCACUGCAGUACUUAAUGCAGCUGGUGGCCACACCAGAUACUGACUGUUACUUUUGAUUUUGACCCCCCCCCCCCCCCCCUUUUGUUCAGGGACACAUUAUUCAAUUUAUGUUAGUCACAUGUCUGUGGAACUUGUUCAGUUUAUGUCUCAGUUGUUGAAUCUUAUGUUCAUACAAAUAUUUACACAUGUUAAGUUUGCUGAAAAUAAACGCAGUUGACAGUGAGGACGUUUCUUUUUUUGCUGAGUUUAUGUACAAGUGGCAAGAAAGUAUGUGAACCCUUCGGAAUUACCUGGAUUUCUGCAUAAAUUGGUCAUAAAAUUUUAUCUGAUCUUCAUCUAAGUCACAACAUAUAUACACAGUAUGUUCAGAAUAAUUGUGAAACUGUUGUUAAACCAUAUGGAAAUAAGGCAAAUAAAAUAACCUUGGGGGGGAUGGAGUUGGUGAGGAGGCUAGCUGCUGAUGUAGGAUUGGCUCUAAAGUUAGAUGGAUUUUAGGGGAACACAUGAAAUCCAAGCCGCUUUAGCUCAACUCGUUGAAACAUUGACUUUUGCGAGAAUUUCAUGUAGCAUUGUUCACCAACAGAUGGUUGCCCCCUUUCACCACUUUCUGACAUACUGUUCCUCCAUCUCUGGAAAGUUUUUAGUUAAGGCAACACAAACAAACAUGGAUAUGUCUCAUUUCUCUCAGGAGGUAAAUGGGGGCAACCGCUAGACUUAGCUAUGUCAUUGGAUGAUGCAUUCAGGGCAGUAUGAGACGGUGGUUUCUCCUCAACUAGACCCUUUGUGUUACGUGUCCAAUGGAGUCUCAUAAGAAGCCCUUUCAUACGGGUGAAACAGGGGUGUUCCCUGGACAGGCGCAAAGGCUUGUUUUUCUCAAUAACAACCUGUUUACAUAAGGCAGGAUCUGAGUUAUCUAUUAACACAUUAAAGCUGCAAUAUGUAACUUUUUGGGCGACCCGACCAGAUUCACAUAGAAAUGUUAGUUAUAGAUCUGUCAUUCACAUUGAAAGCAAGUUUAAGAAGCGGUAUAUCUGUUCUAUGUGUGCUAUUUCUAUGCUUCCCAUUCUUCAGUUUCGUUUUUUGCAUCUUUUUUGUUUUUUGUACACCAGCUGAAAAUGCAAUAUUUUUUGUUAUGUAAAAUAUAUUUCACAGCGGUUUAGAUGGUACAAUGAUUCUCUACACUAUACUUGCUUGUUUUGUCACAUAAACUAAAAUUAGGCGAACUAUUAGAAUUUUAGCAACCAGGAAAAGGCGGAGCGAUUUCUGCAUAGUGCACCUUUUAAAGCAUUGAAGCUGUCAUGCUUCAGGACCCAGUCUUAGACAGACUGGCUUUUUUUCUUGGUGGUUAGUUACUGCUUCCCGUGCCCCACUCCUAUUGUGUGUCCCUGUUUUUAUAAUGAAAAGCAUGUUAUAGGGCUGUGGUUUCAGGCAGGUGAGGGAAUGAACAUACACUCAUACAGUCACAGACCACAUUCUAUAGCAGUGAAAAUUGGUCUAUGUGAUACCGUAACCGUCAAGGGUUCUGUGAUUUUGUUAUUCUCUGUAGAGAUGGGAUGGUAUAUAUUAUUUUCUUACUAAUGGUUAUAAUGAAGUUUGGUGUAUUGAUGGUGUGGCCUUUGUCUGUCCUGUUUGUACAGAGAUGCUGCAGUCGGACAGAUCAAACCUACGCAGGACCCAGAGUGAGGAAACCCCAAGUACAGCCUGUGGCCCCCGCGGCAGGUGAGAACAAACAUACAUACAAAUAUUUAUUUUUACUGACCUGUAUACUAUUUAUACUUAGUUGGAUUCAUACCCCUACAGAAUACAGGUUGUAUGAACAAACUAAUUCACACAAAUAGAUGCACUAAUUUCACAGUUAGGAUGUACAGAGAUUUACUAUGUUUCUCUACUCCCUAGCACACACACAAACUCUCUGAAGUCUUACUUAAAACACAAAUAUACUCCUUUGAGGGUAAUGGUCAGUGCAGUGAUCCAACACAGAGAUGCCUUAAUCAGACCAGUGAUAAGUUACAGAUAAAGAGCAUGCCAAGCGUAAGACACUGUUUUACUACAACACACAGAUAUAUGGUAUUGUAUGGUAUUUCCCUGAAAACAUUAGAGGGCAUUGCUGUGGACCAUUUUUAUUUGGAACACCAUUCAACGGCUCCAUCCAUCUGUCCCUAAAGAGAGGAGUAGAAAGGGAGGUGUAGAGAGAGGCAGAAAGAGACAGAAGUGCAGCGAGUUCUAUGCUAUGUUUUUUUGCAUUCUCCCAUGACGAGAAGCAUGUACCCCCCCCCCCCCCCCCCCCUUCCCAAGGGGGGAAAAAGCCAAAAGGUUUAUACAGUACCAGUCAAAAGUUUGGACAAACCUACUCAUUCAAGGGUUUUUCUUUAUUUUUACUAUUUUCUACAUUGUAGAAUAAUAGUGAAGACAUCAAAACUAUGAAAUACAGAAGAUAGCCCUAUUUGGUAAAAGACCAAGUCCAUAUUAUGGCAAGAACAGCUCAAAUAACGGAUGUUCUUCUGUCCCGCUUUUAGUAUAGGUAGUUGGUGGGGGAAAAUACUCGCCGUGAAGACACAACAUUUCAGAACCUUACUAAAGUUUCCAUUGAUAAUGAUCCAACUUUGUACUCAGCAUUCUGAUGUCUGGGGGGUAAAAACCAACAUGUUUUCAUUGUAUAAAAGCACUUGUAGGAAAGAACCUAUAUUUAGCUUUAGGAAAAUAUGAGUAUAUUUUGAGAGGAAACGGAUCUCACACUGACACUUCUUUGUUCGUGUGUAUGCACGCGCUGGCGCCUGUGUGUGAGAUGGGUUGAGCUGCUUUUUCAAGAUUUUCUUUAUUAUUUGAGUCAUUCCUUAGCAGCACUCCAAAGUCUACCGCAAACAUAUUCUAUAUUAUUCAAAUUUACGUCAGUAGCUUAGCUUUACAUCACAAAUCUACAUUCUGUCCAUUGUCUCAGUAGGAGUUAAAGAGAGGUUAAGGGUCAUUUUAUGUGGUGUGAUUGAUCCUGACCCCUCCCCUGUGACUGUGUAUGUGUUCUGGUCAGGACUCACAGACACUCUGCAGGGGGUUCGCAAGGGGGUUCCCCGAGGGGCUCUCUGACUAAUGGAGAACUGAGUGAGGAGCGGAGUCCUGGGGCUUCUGGUUGCAACUGCUCGGCCAAGAACUCCCACAGCAGCCCUGGGAGUGCAGGUACUAUAACCUUGGAGACAUGAAACUAUUUUUCUGUCACUCUCCAUUCACUUGACACUAGAAUUGAUACAUUUUGACACUAGAAUUGAUACAUUGAUACAUUUUUCCCAGUGUAAAUCAAUCAACUCCUUUACCUGCCCUACCCCACAGGUAAAGUUGAGCUGCCUGCCAACGGGCUGGAGAAUGGCCGUAGCAACCUGGCUCGUCAUACACCCCCACCAUCCUCCCCGUCGGCCCGGUCCCCAACCCCCAGCAGCAGCAGCCCCUCUCCUGGGCUAGACGGCACAGUCUUCCCUCCUCCUACAGAGGCACCCCCUGCUGGCGCUAACCCAGACCCCGCCAACCCAACCACUGCUACAGAGCCUGUUCCAGAGUUACUACCCACUGGGUAAGAUUUUGCGUGUUGGUGCUUGUGUGAUUGGAGUUACGGUCAAUCACCUCACGUGUAACUAGACAUGACCCAAUAUGCCUCUCUCUCUCUCUGCCUCUCUCGCUCGCCUCUCUCUCUCUCUCUCUGCCUCUCUCUCUGCCUCUCUCUCUCUCUGCCUCUCAGCUGGGAGCAGCGAGUCCUACCCCAUGGCAGGGUGUACUAUGUGGACCACAACACAAAGACCACCACCUGGGAGAGACCACUUCCACCUGGGUCAGUCAGCCUACACACUUUGACCUCUACUUCUUCUCCUCCUCUCUUUAUCUCACACUUCCUACCAUCAGAAGAGAGUGACGACAGUUAGCCAGCUCAGUGCAUGAUGGGAUUAUCUCUCUCUGGGAAGGGGAGAUCUUGCCCACUUGUGAACAUUCCCUGCAUGUCUCUCCUUAGCUCAGACUGCUGCCUAUAUAGACAUGCAGAGCUGGAGGAUCCUAGCAGGGUGGUGUUGGGGUGUGAAGUGGGCCCACAGUCAGGGAGUGGCAGACUCAUUGACAGCACAGUAACGUUCCUGGGGAUCUGACUCUGGACAGUCAAGUGAACGGAGACGUCCUAUUUUCUCUGGCUGGAAGAAGCUGACUCCAUUAAAUAUGAGAAAUGACUGAAUAAUUGGUUACCGCCACUCCCCACCCCAACUUAGACUAUUCUAUCCAUUUAGAGGAGUCCUUUUCUUACAGUAGAAGUGUGUCAGGUCUUUUAGUGUGCAUUUUAUGUGUUUGGCCAUUUGGUCUCUCAUCUCUUUAACAGGCUGUGAAUCACCAGCACUGAUGGUUUGAGUCUCUGUUGAUUUCCAGUGGUGUUUUUCACUGUGUGUUGCGGAAACCCAGCUCUCUCUUGUGGGGGUACCAGGGCCUUUUAUUGCCAUUUUAUUUCAGUGAUUAUUUAUUGAUUUUCAUUUGCACUGUGUGAGAAGCCUGUUUGAGGUAAAGGUCACUCCUGCCCCGUCUCACUUUUUCCACAGGAGGGAACGGGCCGGAAAACAAAAGUCCUUUCUUAGAAAGAGCACAUGUAUGCAGCGCUAUGCUGUACCCAUAUGAGGCUCAAUUAGCGUCUUGCCUCUCGGAGGCUGGGCUGGUUCUGACUGCAGCUGCAGGGUUUGGUGCUUAGUGCUUGGGCCCCGUAUCUGGUCUGAGUUAGCAUGGUGCUGCCAUAGUACUGCUCUGUAGGAUAUAGGAGCCAUAGUCCUGCUCUGUAGGAUAUAGGAGCCAUAGUCCUGCUCUGUAGGAUAUAGGAGCCAUAGUCCUGCUCUGUAGGAUAUAGGAGCCAUAGUCCUGCUCUGUAGGAUAUAGGAGCCAUAGUCCUGCUCUGUAGGAUAUAGGAGCCAUAGUCCUGCUCUGUAGGAUAUAGGAGCCAUAGUCCUGCUCUGUAGGAUAUAGGAGCCAUAGUCCUGCUCUGUAGGAUAUAGGAGCCAUAGUCCUGCUCUGUAGGAUAUAGGAGCCAUAGUCCUGCUCUGUAGGAUAUAGGAGCCAUAGUCCUGCUCUGUAGGAUAUAGGAGCCAUAGUCCUGCUCUGUAGGAUAUAGGAGCCAUAGUCCUGCUCUGUAGGAUAUAGGAGCCAUAGUCCUGCUUUGUAGGGUAUCUCAGGGGAACAGCAGCACAGGGAACAGGGAGGGAUGUUACGUUGCAUCUCUCAAAGCUCCUUUUUGAGGAAUUUCUGAGCUCUGUGUGUGUUUGUGUUAGCAUACGGAAGUAUUUGCUGUUUUGUCUUCUAAAUUCUGUUCUGGUUUAGUCAGAGAUAUGGGAAUAGCAACAGCAGCCUCCACACAUAAUAAAACACUACUGCACUGAACCGGAAAUGUGCUCAUGUGUUGGUUUACGUGUGUAUCUGUGGGAUAAUGCAUAUCUUAAUCUUGUGUUUGCAUAUCCUAGCUUGUCUGUGUCCAUAAUUACAUAUGUCUGUCUGUGUAUGUACAUUUGAAUGAUUCUCACUCCUCUCUCUGUCCCUGUACAGUUGGGAGAAGCGUGUGGACCAGCGAGGCAGGUUCUACUAUGUGGACCACAACACCAGAACCACCACAUGGCAGCGGCCCACAGAAGAAUCCGUCCGGAACUAUGAGCAGUGGCAGUCCCAGCGCAACCAGCUCCAGGGAGCCAUGCACCAGUUCAGCCAGAGGUUUCUCUACCAGGUAACUCAAACUCAACAUAGAGGUACUGUACUGUCUGUACUACCUAUUUAGUCCCUUUAGGUGUGGCCCUCUAAAAGCAUCCCUUCAGGAUAGAAUUCUGGGUAAAACGCAAGGGUACAGAAGGGCGUUCAUUGAGGUAAAAAUAAUAAAGCAUUCUGUAUCUGAAAUGGGCGUUCCAUGGUAGAGCAAAUUACUGAAAUGAGCUGCAACUCUCAUCGGUUUCUAUUAAAACCUCCCUACGCCCAACCCACCCAGGCUGCUCGACAAGCUAAUUCUGAGCCUCUUUUCAAAAUAACAUCCACUUCCUCAUUGAUUAUGAGUAACCAUGAGUCCCUGAGAAGUAGCUGGCAGAUAGGCGGGUUCUGUUUUGAAAUGGCCACUUUGCUGAUAGCUGGCUUAUUUUUAGGACGGUCUGUGCAAAAAUGAGUUGACAUACACCACCCCUCUGGCCUAGGGGUUCAGCUGGCUGCUUGGGACUCUGACGUGAUUUAUAUACUUUUAGCUUUGCUCGUCAUUUGAGAGAGAUCAUUCAUUUGCAUUCUGUUACAUUGUAUCAAAUGUUACCACGUUGGAGAAUGUUGCGAACAUGUGCUGGUGCGUUUGUGAGCUGAGCCCAUUAUAAUGUCAUGGUCGAUUUAAAGUAGACUGGCCCCUGACCCUGACCUUACUCAUUAUCAUGUGCUAAGACAGAAAUAUCACACUUGACUCCAACAUUACAGCGGUGUGAGCACACAUGCUUACACACACACACACACACACACACACACACACACACACACACACACACACACACACACACACACACACACACAUAAACGAUUAUGUGACACAGCACACAAUACACACCAAGGCAUAGAUUAAGUACAUAACACACAUACACAGUGGGUUUUUGUGUGAGUGUGCCUGUGCACAUUUGGCCAGUAAUUGCAGCUCGUUAGGAACUCCUGAGAGAGCAGUCUCAGAGUCAUUAACUGCUGUUUCUGGCUCCUCCUCCCAAAUUCCCCCUUUUCUACCUCCUCCUGCUUCUUAUUUGCUCUGUCCAUUCUCACUGAAAGAGGGGCUCAUGCAGCAACACCACUGGAACUGGACCAUUGUCUCAAUACUCAACUACCUAAAAAUGUGAUUUUCCUGUUUUAUAUAUAAUAAUUGAUUGGAUUUAUAUAGUGCUUUUCUACCAACUGAGGUACUCAAAGCGCUUUACAUAGUAGGGGGAAACUCACCUCAUCCACCACCCACCUGGGUGAUGCAUGGUGACAAUUUUGUGCCAGAACACUCACCAGCUAUUAGGUGGAGAGUGAUAUAUGCCAAUUAGGAAUGAUUAGGUGGCCAUGUAGCCAUUGCAAUAAAUGCCAUGGGAUAUUUAUUUAAUUACCACAGAGAGUCAGGACACCCGUUUACUGUCCCAUCUGAAAGUCUGCACCCUACGCAGGGCAAUGUCCCCUUCACUGCUCUGCGGCAUUGGGAUCUCCUUAGACCAGAGGGAAAAGUUCCCUCUAAUGGCCCUCCAACACCACUUCCAGCAGCAUCUGGUCUCCCAUCCAGGGACCAACCAGGACCAACCCUGCUUAGCUUCAGAGGCAAGCCAGCAGUGGAAUGCAGGGCUGUAUGCUGCUGAUAUAUGAAGGUUAUUUCCAAAACGCUAUAUAUCCUUUUUGAGAAAUGUUGGUAAAUUACAUUUUAUUGUUUAAAGAACUUAUGAAAGAGAUUGGUGUGUUUUUCACUUUCUAAUCAUGGCAUGGGGUUUUUGUAUUUGUUUGAAAUCUAUCACUUGAUGGUUUCAUUUCAGAGAGACAAAUAAUCAUGUUUUUCAUAAAGAACUGUACAAAUAAUAUUUGUGACAUCAAUAUUGUAAAAUACAAUUUAAAGAAUCAAUACAGUAAUAUGAGAUCUGUGUGUAAAACAUUUACAUUUGACAUUUUAGACAUUUAGCAGAUGCUCUUAUCCAGAGCGACUUACACUUAGUGCAUUCAUCUUAAGAUAGCUGGGUGAGGCAACCACGUAUCACAGUCAAAUAUACGGUAUGCAAACAUUCCAUUCCAGCUAAAUAAUGGAUAUAUAGCGUUUUGCAAAAUAAACAAAUUUUAAUAGACACCUAAAAUCUAUGAAUAAAAAAUCAGAGGACAGUAAUAUUUUACACACAUGGAGGUACCCAUAAGCAGUCUUAUCUGGUGAAAAAACACACGUUUGAAAAAUGUGUGACUAUAGUGUUUUGGAAAUAAACUCUUCACACUAUGAGGUUGGAAUAAUACUGUGAAAUUGUGAAAAUUAUGAUAAUGCCCUUUUAGUGUAAGAGCUGUUUGAAAAAACGCCUGCAAAUUUAGUCUGUUUUGGUGGGAUGGACUUUUGGCCUUCCAUGGUGACAUCACCAUCCUGUAAAUUAUACUGAACAAAAAUAUAAACGCAACAAUUUCAAUGAUUUUACUGAGUUACAGUUCAUAUAAGGAAAUCAGUCAAUUGAAAUAAAUUAAUUAGGCCCUAAUCUAUUAAUUUCAAAGGACUGGGCAGGGGUGCUGCCAUGGGUGGAUCUAGGAAGGCAUAGGCCCACCCAUUUGGCAGCCAGGCCCACCCACUGGGGAGCCAGGCCCAGCCAAUCAGAAUGAGAUUUUCCCCACAAAAGGGCUUUAUUACAAACAGAAAUACUCCUCAAUUUCAUCAGCUGUCCGGAUGGCUGGUCUCAGACAAUCCCACAGGUGAAGGAGCCAGAUGUGGAGGUCCUGGGCUGGCAUGGUUACACGUGGUCUGUGGUUGUGAGGCCAGUUGGACGUACUGCCAAAUUCUCUAAAAUGAUGUUGGAGGUGGCUUAUGGUAGAGAAAUGAUCUGGCAACAGCUCUGAUGGACAUUCCUGCAGUCAGCAUGCCAAUUGCACGCUCUCUCAAAACUUGAGACAUCUGUGGCAUUGUGUUUGACAAAACUGCACAUUUUAGAGUGGCCUUUUAUUGUCCCCAGCACAAGGUGCACCUGUGUAAUGAUCAUGCUGUUUAAUCUGCUUCUUGAUAUGCCACACCUGUCAGAUGGAUGGAUUAUCUAACAGGGAUGUAAACAAAUUUGUGCACAAUAUUUAAGAGAAAUAUCGCUUUUUGUGUGUAUGGAACAUUUCUGGGAUCUUUUAUUUCAGAUCAUAAAACAUGGAACCAACACUUAACAUGUUGCGUUUAUAUUUCUGUUCAGUAUAGUUAGACUGAUAAGAAAGCCAGUUCCAAACCUCUCUGCCAAUACCAGCUCAUUUUCAGUUUUCCCCUCCCCACUCAGACCACUCCCAGACAGUCCUAGCAAAAUUAUUGCUUGAGAAAUUGCCCUUUGCUAAGAAGCUAUUUUUUGUUUAUUUUUGACAAUUUUAAUUGAAAACUAUCACAGUAAGGUACUUAAUUGAUAUUGUUACCCAGAAAUGAUUUGAUAUUGAGAUAAACACGGCUGCAUUGGACCUUCUGUACACCUUUCUAAGAUAUCACAUUGUUAUACAACCUGGUUAACGCUCAUUUGAGUAUUUUAAUCACUGUUGAGCAUCUUAUCAGGGGUCCUACUAUCACUACCAUUGUUUUUCCCCUUUGAGUGAACUUCUUUUAAGGCUUUUUUUCCAGCGCUAACAUUAGAGUAACUAAAUUAGGGAGACACUACAAUGUAUGCGACAGUGUGCAAUGUAGGUCUAUGUGACUUUUCCCACUCAUAGUGCCGGUCAUUCAUAUGGUUCUAGCAAGGUUUUCAGUGUUCAGAGACUAACUGGCCUUUUUGGUGUAAUUAUCUGGGUCCUGAAGCGGGAUAGAAGGAGUCUGUUACUAUUCUUGAUAAAGGUAUUUAAAAUAGCAUCUCAACUAAAAUCAUCCACUUACCACUCAAUCACCAUAUUAAGUAUUUUAGUACUUCUUUCACUUUACUAUACCACUUUUUACCACCCCCGCUGCUUCUUUUAUUUUUUCUCUUGUUUUCCCUGUCUUAUCCUCUUUCUUCUCUCUCUAGCUCUCUCUCACAUCCUCUUGGAUCUGGCGAGGAACUGAAUGGUCAGGGCAGAAGAUGAUGUCAUGUCUUUAUUUCAUUCUUUUUUUUAACCUUUUUUAGUCACAGAAACACAGAAGGGUGGGUCUCAUAUAUGGAUUGGCUGUUGAUCGAGUGACACACGCGUGCCCCUUUAACUCCAUAUGCCUCUCUCUCCUCUUUGCGCUCUUUACUAUCUUAUUCCUUCAGUUCUUCUCAAACUUUCCAUGAUGAAUUCUCAUAAAUGGGCACAGUAUUAUUAUUCUGGGGAAAUGCUGAGUGAAGUUGUGUGGCGUUACCUUCAGUGACACAUGGACUGCUGUAAGGACAGUUUUGUUUCAUUAUAGGAAGAAACUGCAGACCUGAGGUGAGGAGAAUGAAUGCAUGAAUUAGAUUUGUGUAGGACUUUUCCAAAGGUACAGCUUUCAUACUCAUGAAACCAACAGUCUGUGUACUAACUCCUCACAAACAUCUUAAACAUGCUCGCGCACACACACACAGAUUCAAACACAAUCUCAUACACAUUCAAUUAGUAUUUGCUGUAUACACAUUUUCCGUACAGUGGCACACGCACACACACACACUCUCUCUCUUUCUCUCUGUAUGCACAGGCUGAGUAAACCACACUGGUUCCAGGUCAGGGUGAAUAAAGGUGCUUUUGUCAGGAGGGGGUGGGCAGUCUGGAACAAGGAUGAAUGUUCCCUCAGUUCGCUCAGACAUUGCGCCUCCCUGCUUACUUUCACAGCAUAUCUAGAAGAGGAGGACCUCUGCAGAUGGGUGGGGUAGGGAGGGGCGGGGGGGGGGGGGGGGGGGGGUAGGAGACAGGGUGGGGCUUGACGCCAGCGAGUGAGCUCAUUGGAACAGUGUGGUUUUUUUUCUCUCCUGAGCGUGUAGAUUUUGGAAGGCAUACGAGCUGCGUCUGAGCCUCUCUGUCAGUCUCCUGUUCCAGCUGCAUGAGAGAGGUCACCUCAGCCUUCUGGGGUACGCCUUAGCACCCCUCAAAAAAGACUACUGCCCCGUGACACCCCACGCUCCACUCUGGUCACUCCUGCUCCACUAGACUCGAGGUGUUAAACUGUGUGGUUUCUGUGGCGUUUUGAGGCAUUUGCAGCUUUUUUUUCAUUUUUUUGUCUGUAUGUUUGGUUUUUUGAGGGUUUAUUCUACCUCACAGCAGUGUGAGAAGUCGGUUGAGAGCUUUAUGGACGGACAGAACAAUUUCACACAGAGCCGCUGCAGUAAAGAGAGUGAGAGGAGAAGACAGAAAGGUGGAAGAAGGAGGGAGGAGAGGAAAGUGUUCUAACUGGAAACGUAUUCUCUCUCUUUCUCAAUCAGUCGUCUGGUGCUCCUGCUGUGGAAAAUGACCCUCUUGGUGCGCUCCCUCCAGGAUGGGGUAAGUACACCUUCAUCUACACCUCUCACCAUACUCAUACUAGGCCCUGUAGUCAGUGGCCAUCAGUAAGGCUGUGACGAUACCAGUAUCGCAAUGUUUUUUCCAUGGCAAAAAUUAAAACACAAAGCAGACCAAACUCUUUGGUAAAAACCUGCUGUAUGUAAAAUAUUGUGUGCUAUAGCUUGGAAAAUAAAUAAAUAAAUGGGACUCUGGAUGACAACAUCAUGAUGUUUGUUUCUACCAUUAGGGCUGUUUUCCUAAAGAAGUGAAAUCCGCUUUGUGUUUUGUUUCCUUGCCCAUGAUACUAACGAGUAUCUCAGUACUGGUAUCGUCCCGGCUCUAGCCCUCAGUGGUCCCAGGACCUGAGACCAGUGAGAUGAGUGAGGGGAAAUACUACUGGGUCCAGUGAUGCUGGAGAGUGGCAUUGGCUACAUCGACACCUGCACUACUUGUUAUGAGAGAGGGUUCUGAUGCCUGUAUGCAUUUCAAGGGCACAGGCUUUGUUUUUGUGUUGACGGGGGAGAGUUGGUUUGUGUGUCUUUCUCACACACACACACACACACACACACACAUACAGAUACACACCACUGGGCCCAGAUUUAUUGUUCACUAUCUUGUAUACACUGUGAUAUAUAGCCUUGUCCUUAAUCAAAGAAGCUCAUGCUGAAGAUCCCUUCAUUCUUACAUUCAGCAUAACUCUCCUUACAGUUUAGUUAUUGGUCAACAACAUGAUUGAAAUGUUUUUGGGGGAUUUCAGUCUUUUCCCUGAUAUUAUUGAUUAGUUGUUGGUUCAAGUAUAAUCUCAAGGAAUUGGUUGUAAUAUUCUCUACUUCUAUAUCCCUAUAGCGCUCUACUCUCAUACAUUCAUUCAUUCAUAUUCUCAAAAGCGCAUAUUUUACCAACAUAUUCCCACCCACACAAUUAUACAUUGCGUACACAAAAAAAAACUCCAUCACUCAAAAGUUAUGGUCAUUGGCAUUUCUCUCCACCUCCCAUUUUCACAUGCUUAUCACUUACAUACAAACUCACCCAUGCACACUCAUAUUUUCUAACCAUGAUUCGUUUUCAACAUGUUGCGGCAUCGCAGGCAAAAGCCUCAAUUAUACAUUGGACUUACAUUUUUAUGGAUUUCCUGUAAUGUAUUUAUGUGUGUCAUCUGUGGGGCGUAGAAGAGGGGGUGGAUUGAAAGAAACUCUUAACGGGAGAAGAAAAAGGAGAGAAAGACUUGACCGAGCGCGGGAACAGUAAAAUAAAGGAGGGGUGGAUGAAUACAGGAGGGAAAGUUAAGGAGAGGGGGGGAAAUGAACAGGCUAGUAAGAGUUGCAAGGUGAGGGCUACUGUUCCUGCACGCUCCACACACUUCUGCUAAUGAGAACAAGAUGUCAGAGAGAGAGGAGUGGGGUUGGAGAGGGGGGGGGGGGAUGGAGAGAGAGAUGUGGGGAUGGAGAGAGAGCGGUGGUGGGGGUGGAGAGAGCGCGAGAAGGAUGAGGUGGAGAGAGGGGGCACCAACUACGGUAAGGAAACUAAAGCAACACAGAGAUGUAUAAAGUUGAACAUAUUAACUCACACAACACACUAUACACACAUUCUUGGUGGAGGAAGUUGACACGGUUACCAUGUCAUUAUCUUUCAUGUAGUCAUGUAGUGCUGCACUGCUAGAAAUAGAAAUGAGUCAGCAAAUUGUUAUACUCCUUUUCUAAUACUUCUACUUUCCCUCACAGUUUAGCUCUUGCCCUUUACACCUCUGUAACAUUCUCUCUCUCUGAGCCCCAUGCCCCAAUCUUUCUCAAACACUGUCUUCACCGGAGCCAAGUCAGAAAGGCUGAGGUGGAUUGUAGCAAGGUAUUUUGGAACAAGCUUGAGCGAAAUGCCACACACACGUCAGUUUUCAAUCAGCUUUGCGAGAUUCAGACACCCUUUUUCCCAUUUUCCUCCUCUUCUCUCUUAUUCUCACUCACAACUGUGGUUGACAUUCACAUCUCCGAAGUCCCCAUGCAGUACAGCCACUCUGUCAUGUAACAAAAUAAUAAACUGUUGUUGAUCCAUCCUGUUUUUAACUGUAGCCACUUCUCGUGGUCCCUGUAGAGAAACGGCAGGACAAUGGGAGGGUGUAUUUUGUCAACCACAACACACGGACCACACAGUGGGAGGACCCAAGAACCCAAGGGUAAGCCACUCUGUCUCUGCUCCACUGUGAAAGUGUACGUGCGCAUGCUUGAGUGUGUGUGUGUUUGUUCUGUAUCAUUGUGUGUGUGUUCUGUAUCAUUGUGUGUGUGCGUGUUCAUGUUUGUACACACAGGUGUCUCAGAGAAAUGUCACCAUACUUUGCUACCAUAUUUUCACUGAUAUUACAUUAACUAAUGUAGGAUAGGGACUGGUAGCUCGAGGGCCCAACACUAUGCAGCACACCCAUGUUAUCAUAAUCAUAGACGAAAUGUACAGAUCAUUGAGAUUAAUAUCAAUAGGACAGUGUCGUGUAUCACCACCAUAGUAGGCCAUGUCAACCUGACUAGGGCUGUCCUCUAAGCUGUGUGGGUGGGGUUUAGAUUAGUAUUGUAAGCUAAUUGGUCAAAGAGAGGCCUAGGGCAUCUCUACCCCUGAGCUAGUGUGGAUGGCGCCGCUGUCCCCUCGCAUCAAAUUUAACAGCAAAACUACAGUAAUGGUGGAUGGCCGCUUUAUCUUAAUUGUAUUAGGGAUUUUUAGAUCAUUUUACAAUGUCAUAACAUUUUAUUCAUUAAUCAUUUAGUUCAUUCACUCCCUCAUUCACCCCCUCAGUGAACUUGAGUUAUAUUUUCCCUCGUAUUUAUAUUUUCAUGUUGUAUAACAUCCAUGUGGUCUUAGAAUCAUCACCACUGAGCUCCGAGGUUCUGAGUCCUGUGCAGGGAGAGCUUCUAGUGGGACGGGGAAAGGGCCGGGGCCGGGGGGGGGACAGGUGUGCCUAGUUUGGGGAGCCUCCCGUUUAGGCUCUGCUCACUGCCCUCUCCCUCUUACAGGAUGAUCCAGGAACCCCCCCUGCCCCCUGGCUGGGAAAUGAAGUACACCGUGGAGGGAGUCCGAUAUUUUGUGGAUCACAACUCUCGCACCACCAGCUUUAAAGACCCUCGUCCCGGGUUUGAGUCAGGGUAAAUAUUAUUCUGCAGACCUGUUUUUGAGAAGGCCAGAUACAUUUCCUGAUAAAAUGUUCUGAUAAAAGCACCGUACGACUCAUUUCUGUCAGGGAUUAUGUAUGUAGGGUUCUCUCAUCACAGCCUACUUUUGUCAUCUUUUUUUCUGUUUCUUUGAACCCAAGUGAAUUUACGUUGACUAUCUUCAGGGCAUAGAUAGCUAGCCUAGAUAUGAGAAAGGGGAUAUUAUAUAUACGUACACACAUUGCAAGCAAGCACACACUAAUAUAAACAUGUGUUUUGCCUUGAAGCAUGGCCCUAAUUUUGAAAUCUUCCAAAAAAGACAAAGUCAGGAAAAUGAACAUAUGUGGGCCAACAAAUCAAAUCCAAAGCAGACUGCUCUGCUAUCUGACUCUGUCUGUGUGUAUGUAUGGAUGUGUGUGAUUGAGAGAGAGCAAGUGAUCAUGCUGAUGUUGAAACAUAUGAAGGUCUUGGUGUUAUAUUUUUAGAUGAGUGGCCAUAGAGGGUUCUUAAACUGUCUAAAAUGUUUUACAUUUGAUACUGCUGCAGUCCAUAUCUGUUGCCUCUGUGGUCUGAAACUUCCUAACCAAAACCAAGUUGGGCCUGGCAGCUUUCGACAAAGCGAGUCAGCGAGUAUUAGAGGCCUCUCUCUCUUUCGUUCGGCCUCCAUAUUUCCCCUUCCUUGCUCCGUCUCUCGGUUUCUACUUUGCUGACGAGGCACAUAUCCAGUAUGUCUGUAGUGAAGUGGUGUAGCUUGUACUAACACAGCUGCACACCAAAGCAUACCUCCAUCUCUGGGCUUAACCCAGUUCUUUCACUGCUGCUGCACGUCAGAUCUGACCACCUCCUUAGAAUACUGCCCAAAGUCCUCACUCUGCAGCUCCACAGCUGGGCCUAUUUUCCAGUUUCUAAAGCAUUUGUGCACGGGACAGCCAUGACAGGCCUGUCUUUGCCCAGUACAGCUACAGUAUUCCUCCCCGACAUGCACCAAUUUGAAACCUGGCUUUGUUUUUCGCUGGAACAGCAAAAAAUACACUCCUUUUAUUUCUCUGUAGGUCGAGGACGGGUGGUUCUCCCGGGGCCUAUGAUCGCAGCUUCAGGUGGAAAUACCACCAGUUCCGCUUCCUGUGCCAUGUAAGUGCUGACUCGUCUCUCAGACAGCCCAGUUCUCUUCUACUGUUCCGACUCAGAUCUCUUUGCCUAAUGCCUAGCAUUGAGGAAAUUGAUGUUUACACUUCUCUCUGCCUCUCCAGUCCAAUGCCUUACCCAGCCACGUGAAAAUCUCAGUGUCCAGACAGACUCUAUUUGAGGACUCGUUUCAGCAGGUAAGGAUGACAUGGAGUCAGUUUCCCUGCUGAGGAUAUUCAAUUCUAAAUGUUAUGUAAUUAAACAUGCAUGAGGGUUUCUAUUGUUGGUUAUCUAUUCAUUAGUAUCACUAUUUGUAUUUUAACAACUAAUAUAGGAUCGUAGGGUGGCGGUUUCUUUGUUGUGAUGUAUGUGCUUGUGUUUUGUUCUCUUUCCUCAGAUCAUGAAUGUGAAACCAUAUGACUUGCGUAGAAGACUCUACAUCAUCAUGAGGGGAGAGGAAGGUCUUGAUUAUGGAGGCAUUGCUAGGUAAGAUGGCUGUCUACUGCCUGCAUGCCUGGCCUUCUGCCUCUUACAACAGUUGUCUUUCUUUCUCCUACCUCAGCUAUAAGUAUUCUUUGUCUACCCUGUGUUCCUCACUUAAAUAUCCAUCAUCCAUCAUUUAUCACCUCCCUGUCUCUUGCACUAUCAUCUGUUGUGUGUUUUGGUGUUUGUGGACUUUGUGACAGUGGGUCCACCUCUGGUUGGUGUCAGCAGUGGGAUCCCGGGCUUUGUUCCUCCUGCUCCUCGUGGUCUGUGUUUGCGUGUGUCUCUGUCUCCGGUGUCACGCCAGUGGUUUUACCCUAUGGUAGGUUACGUCAUGCUGUUCUACCACAGGGUAGAACCACGGACGGGAUGUUUGGAUGUGUCUGCACAGCCCCGGUACGACCCCUGGGACUGGCUGGCCGGCCGUGGGGGCAAAGGUCAGGGGCUUAGUGGUGGCCGGGGCUUCAUUCUCUACAUGCAUUCAUGUUCCACAUUAUACUGCUUGUCUUCGUGGUGCUUUAUGGUGUUUUGUGUGUGUUAGUGAGUAUGUAUAUUUGUUUGUCCAUGUACUGACUGUGUAAAGGUAAUGAUUUUGAACAACAAUUCAGUGAUGUCUCAGUGUUGGUUGCAGGGUUAACGUUAGCCGGUAAUGGCCGGCUUUUGGCCGAUAAAAAUAAAUAAAUAUUGAAAAUCCAAUUGUCCGGGAGAAUAAUAAAUCCCAUUGCGAAAUAAUGCUUUUUAGACUAUUCAUUGAUGGAAAUACAUUUGACUGUGGUCAUGCUUAUCGGUCUAUAGGUUAAUUUGCAUAAUUUUGUGGAAUUAAAUUGCCUCGUGUGUACAGUAUAUGCGUUAUGUAUCUUAUUUAUCACUCACGCACAGCAUACAGAGACUUUGAGCUGGAGACGUAUGCAUUUUGAAAACAAGUACUUAAUUGUUUGAAACCUGAAAGUUUUAAUACAUAUGAUUCAUGUCUUACCUUGCUUCAAAUGAGCCUAUUAGAUCUCCUCUCUUUCAAAAUUUCUAACGGAUAUUUUCAUCUCUGUCACAUGAAACCGCUCGCAUGUGCAGUGCCCUUUUGACAACAAUGUUUUCCUGCUAAUUGCAUUAUGUAACGCAAAGCCUACUGCCUUGUGUGCAUUGAUGUGCUUAUAAUGUGAAGAAAUAAUAGUUUAUCAACAUGUUAAGCUAAACGUUCUGAUCUGUUGCAUCACUCGUUGCUUUAAAAAAUAUAUAUAUAUAAAUGUAGCCUAGGCCUUCUGGUUGUAUGAAUUAGGGAUCUAUCAUCCCACAACUGUCCCAGAGUCUGUUUGGAAUAGGCUAUUUCUCCCUUGACAAGCUGACCAGUAGAAUAGGUCAACCUUUCUACUAUGGGGGAUAGUAGUUUGACUUAGGCUAGUGAUUUUGCUGUUCGUUACUCAUUUUGUUGGCUGAGGAAGAGUAAAUGUGGACAGUUAUUCUAACAUCUUCAAAGUGCACAUCAGAAUUCGGUAAGAAGGAAAGCACAUCGUUGCAUCCUCGACUUGACUGUUCUGUUAAUAUGAAUUACCAUGAUCUAAAUGUGAUUUCUAUCAUUCUGAGCACCGUGGGUGGACGCCCUAAUCAGGUUACGCACCCAAUGCAUAUGGGUCUGGUACAUUUCUCAAAUGUCCGGUAAAAUAAAUGUAAAUGUAAAAUAAAAUGUUGCCGGUCAAAUUUCCAGAAACCCUGUUUGGUUGGACCAUUCCUCAGUAUGGCAGUUUCUCUUUCAUAUUUUGCAGACAGAAAGGGGACAUUUGGAAGGCAUUUUGGAGUUGGGUUAUAGCAUUGACAUAAAUAAAUGUUAGCAUACAUUACAGCACUUACUAUGGUGAUAAAUGGAAAAGUCAUUACCAGAAUAAAACCGAUAUCACAAAUACCUGUUAAUUUUUUAGAAGGACAUUUUUGUUGAAACUCCAUACAGCUAAUGACCUCCAUAUUAUAAUUUUAGUAUACAUCUAGAAUUAUUUGUGAAUUUUACAUUAUUGUGCUUUUAUUCCUUAGUUUAGUAGUUACUUCUGAGUUACAUGUGUUUAUUAAUUAGCAAGUGUGUGCUUUGUGCAGAAACCUGACACAAUUUUGAUUAAGUAUUUUGAAAUUAUAGCAACUGUGCCGCUUUUUUGUGCUGUCAGAAUGUCACUGAUUGUUGUUGUCAAAUGUUGUGUGGUUUUGUAAUGUAUGAGAUGUUUUUUAUUCUGUACUACUCUGUAGUCAAUACAAAAAAGCAGUGUCAAAAGUGACAAUCUGUAGCCCUCACACAGCCAGAUUAGGUAGAUCAAUUUCCUGUCCCUUUGAUAGAUAUAGAUGUGUAAUGCCCUGUCUCUCCUCCAUACAGAGAGUGGUUCUUCCUGUUGUCCCAUGAGGUGCUGAACCCCAUGUACUGUCUGUUUGAGUAUGCUGGGAAGAACAACUACUGCCUGCAGAUCAACCCUGCCUCCUCCAUCAACCCUGACCACCUUACAUACUUCCGUUUCAUAGGGCGAUUCAUCGCCAUGGUGAGAAAUGCUUCAUUGGCAAAUUUGGUGCAGAUUUACAACAACAACAAAAAGUCAACUACAGCAAUAGUUCUGGUUAGAAUUUAACAUAUGAUGAGGAUGUGUUGCACAGAAUGAUUUUUAGGAACAGGAGAGGUAAGCAUAGUGUAUGAGGGUCUGUGUGUGUGUUCCUUAAUCUGUAAGUCAUUUUAAAACUGUGUUCCUAAACCAAGUAUAGAACUCUCCCAUCGCCCAUCUUUCCAAACCCAACUCUCUCUGUGACAAUAUCCAGAAGCGACAGAACCCCCCCCCCCCUCCCCCCUUCCAGAGCAUGAGCUCACUGCUGGACCCAGACCACACCUCUUACCUCUUAUCCACCGUUUCACUACUAACUGAAUCAAUCUUCUCCACACAGAGACGGACUUGUAACUUACUCUUACGUUUUCUGUGUGUGCAUUCAGUUAGUAGUGAAACGGUGCGUGUGUGUGUGAUAUCACUUUACUGUGGUUAGGCUAAAUGUGUCUUCAUCUAUGUGUAUCAGCACAGGAGAGAGGUGAAGCGUAUGACAUGUUUUGGUGUAGUACUUAUCGCAUCCACUCUCUCCUCCCCUCUCCCUCUAGGCCCUGUAUCAUGGCAAGUUCAUCGAUACUGGCUUCACUCUGCCGUUCUACAAGCGUAUGCUCAACAAGAAACCCACUCUGAAAGACUUGGAGUCUAUUGACCCUGAGUUUUACAACUCCAUCAUGUGGGUGAAGUAAGUACUCCACCCCUUCAUUAUAUCUGUUUGAAUGUUCGCCCUUGUGGCAAAUUGUGUGAAUCCGAAAAGUAUGUGAAGAGCGUGAUGGAAGCAUUUGACAUAAUUGUGCAGCUUAAAGCUUCAAUAAGUGUACGAUGCGCCUGUGAUCUGUCUACAGAGAUAACAGUCUGGAGGAGGGUGGGGUGGAGCUGUACUUUGCUCAGGAUAUGGAGAUUCUGGGGAAGGUCUCCACCCACCAGCUGAAGGAUGACGGAGAGAAUGAGCUGGUCACCGCAGAGAACAAGGAAGAGUACAUCAGGUCAGCCAUCUCCAUCACUACUUUGUCCCUCUAGUCAGUGUCUCUGUCAGUCACUGUGAUACCCAUCACAGGUGCUCCACAGACUAGCAUUAAUCUUGUUCCAUCUUGACACUCCACUUGCAUCAAUUAAUAUCCUUCCUUGUUGCCUAGAAAAUGCUAUUUUAUCAUCCCUGUCUCGCCACAGUCUGCUGACAGACUGGCGGUUCACACGUGGGGUGGAGGAGCAGACCAAAGCCUUCUUAGAUGGCUUCAAUGAAGUCGUGCCUCUGGAGUGGCUACGCUACUUUGACGAGAAAGAGCUGGAGGUACGUAAUGGGGAUGGAAGAAAAUGUGCUGGAUUAGAUAGGCAGUUAUAGGUUAUGGAGCUUUCACAAAGACUUAAGUUGGUAGAGGGGACUAUUUCUUGCAGAUUCCCUUUCUGUGACUGUGGGUUAAUGGUAUGUUCUCAUUCCUCCCUCCAGCUGAUGCUAUGUGGGAUGCAGGAGAUAGACCUCAGUGAUUGGCAGAAGAACACCAUCUAUCGGCACUACACCAAGAACAGCAAGCAGAUACACUGGUUCUGGCAGGUACAGUACAGUGGCCUCUGUUUACUGCAUCAUGUGUGUGUGUUUGUGUGUGUGACUGUCUAUGUCUCACUAUGUGUACGUAUUACCCGUGUCAUGAGUCUUACCUGUGUAUUGUGUAGGUGGUAAAGGAGAUGGACAAUGAGAAGCGGAUCCGCAUGCUCCAGUUUGUCACAGGAACAUGCCGUCUGCCAGUCGGAGGCUUUGCUGAACUCAUAGGUGCAGUUUAUCCGCCAUUCAUUAACCACAAUUUUCACUGUAAAAUGUAUUUUGACAGAAAUGUAAUUCCAUGUCUAAUAAUCUAACAUAGUCUAUUUUUUCCUUAGGGAGUAAUGGGCCACAAAAAUUCUGUAUAGACAAGGUGGGGAAGGAGACUUGGCUUCCAAGAAGCCACACCUGGUGAGACUGACGUUUUCCUGAAUUCCUUUCCCAUAGUUGAUUUAUUGUUGAUUAUCGUUCCUAUGAUAACAUCAAUUAAUUUUGUCUGUGUAUGUACCCCUACUGAACACAAACUGAUCCCUCACUCUUACUUUUCUCUCCAUCUCAAUCACUCACACAGCUUCAAUCGUCUGGACUUGCCACCCUACAAGAGUCUGGAGCAACUGCGAGAGAAACUUAUGUUUGCCAUCGAGGAGACUGAAGGAUUCGGGCAGGAA